AUGCCGGUGUGCUACUCCGCGGUGGCGCGCGACACCGUCGUGCUCGCAGAGGCACACGCGGCGACGUUCGGCCGCGAUGCCGCGGACGUGAGCUCGAUCGCGCGUCGCGUCCUCGAGGCGCACGGCGGCGAACCCGGCAACGCGCGCGCCUCUUACGGCGAGUCGGAUCUGGUGUUUCACCUCCUGGAAGGGGUCGACUCGACCUAUUUUCUCUGCGCCGCCGGCGAGGGCGACGGCAAGAGGUUGCCGUUCGCGUUCCUCGAGGAUGUCAGGCGCGAGUUUGUGCUCAAGCACGGCCUCGAAGUCAGGUCCGCGGAGUACCUUCCCCCCAUGGCGCUCGACGCAAAAUUCUCAUCGCUCAUGGCGAACAAGAUGUUGGACUUCUCAUCGGGCAAGGCGGGAGACGCGCUGGCGAAGGUGCAGGGCGAGCUCGACGAGGUCAAGACGGUGAUGCUCGAGAACAUCGAGCGGGUGCUCGAGCGCGGGGACAAGAUCGAGCUCCUCGUGGAGUCCACCGCGCGGCUCCAGAGCGACGCCGCGGCGUUUCGGUCGACGACGAGGCGAGUGGCUCGGCGAAUGUGGUGGAACAACGCGAAGAUGUUUUUCCUCGCUUGGUGCGUCUGCGUGUUUGUGCUGUACCUCAUCGGGGCGCAGUUCUGCGGGUGGAACCUGUACCUGUGCUCGUCGAAGCACCGCGGGGGGACGCAUGCGUCGGGGUGA